UUUCUCUUCAUAAUUUUAUUAUCAUUUAAUAAACUUAUCGUUUUACAAUUGUGUAACGUUGCGCCCAAUGACCGUAAAUGUCCACGUUCAUUGACUCCGCGUUGCAUACCUCUAUCGGUCACGCUGUUUUACUUUAAGCACUCUUCUUUUUUACUCGCGUGCCUUUGUACUUCCGCAAUCCGAAGCGCGAAAUGUGUAACAGUUUUACAGCCAUCUAUAAUGAGCGCGGAGCGAAAAAAGUGAUCCGGCAAGGGAACGAAGGAGAGGCAGAGUGCAAGAAAGUGCAAUAGGCUCGUUGCGACGUGUUUUCUUUUGUUCCUUCAUCCCCCACCUUCCGCCAGGGCGAUCUCCUACCAACUUCAGGUCACUUUCACUUUUAAGCGAUUGUAUGUAAGCGACUGUAAGCGACCGCGACCCUCGAGGAUCGACGUCGCCGAGACACCAGUCGGUACGCGUUUCCGAAGUAUUAUUUAAUCAGUAUUAGAUAUAGUUUAACAGGGACGGCCUAAAAUACUUCGUUCGAGCGCGAGGGAGUCGACGUGGAACACGACAACGAAGCGGAACGCUUAUUUACAUUUGUACGUCCGGUGCUUUUUGUCGUAGCGUGACGCAAACGUCCCACGCGUGUCUCGCGACUGUCAAUUGUAUAAACACAAGUACGAGUGUUAAUUUAUACAAGCACCUGUCGAAGUAUCGAAGGGACGAGCCGCUUGAUAACGCUUUGUAUCGAUCCGCCGUAAUAAUGGUGUACUGGUUACCGAAGAAACGUUUUGUCAGAAGGUACUCUCCUCAUUAAAAUUGUAUGCAUAGACACUCGUCUUCGAACGAGUUAAUUCCUCCUUCUCGGCUCGGGAUCGAUGGGCUUUUCUUAAUCAAUAAAUAUACCGUAACUUUUACAGCUGUUUCGUCAGGAGCUAGAGCCACCGUACUAAUCAUAGUUUAUCAUUCCUAGGAACCCUGCAUUAGUGCUUUAAAAAGUGUGUAAAGAGUGUGUCAUGUGCGAGAGAAAAUUAUACACACAGAAUUAAUCUUUUAUUUUAUAAGUGAAAGAGAAGAAUUUUAGUCUGUUGUAUUAUUUGCAAGGUGAAUCUAUCAGUUUUAUCCAUAUUCUUUUAGACAUACAAGUGAAGUGAUAAUAAAGAUAUAUCUCUAAAGUAACAACAAAUCUCUCAUAACAAAUUUGUGGAAUUAAGUUUGAUCGAAGAAAGGACUUUCGACAGGAAAAUACUGUAAAGAAACAGUAACCACUAACAGUCACGAUGUCGAUGUACCUACUAUUAGCGGCGAUAGUACCGAUCGUCAUCCUUGAGAUUUGGUACAUGGGAAUAUGCCUGACUUGGACUAUGAAGAUAUCUUUGCUGCUAUAUCUUAUUAUUUUUGGGCUUCUGCCUCUAAUUUUUCAUUAUUCUUAUACUCUUCAGAAGAAGAUACUUUUUUUAAAUUUUGUAUAUUGGCCACUUAAAGUAGAGUUUAAUCCAAAAUUGAUUGGGCUGGAAGGUGCUAGAAAUUUUUAUUUACAUACUGACCAGCAAGUAAAGAUAGGUGCAUGGCAGAUAUUACCACGGUCUUUAUUAAAUAAUUCCAUUCCUGCGACAGAUGAAGCUUAUGAGGCAGUUUUAAGUAAUGCUGAACAACCUGUAUUUUUGUACAUGCAUGGAAAUAGUGGUAAUAGAGCAAGUUCGCAUAGACUCGAGCUUUAUAAGCUCUUCCAAGAUCUAGAUUAUCAUGUUAUAUGUUUUGAUUAUAGAAGCUAUGGCGAUAGCGAUGUAGUCGAGCUCUCCGAGAAAGGCGUAGUUAUGGAUAGUAAAUAUGUUCUUGAGUGGGUAAUGAAAAAAGUUAAUGGUUCCGCUCCGAUUUUUGUUUGGGGGCAUUCUCUAGGAACCGGAGUUUCUACGCAUGUAUUAGAUCUGCUAGCAGCUGAGAAUAUACAACCAACUGGAUUGUUUCUGGAAGCUCCAUUUAAUAACAUACAAGAUGAAUUAACAGAACAUCCGUUUGCACAGGUAUUCAAGCACUUACCAUGGUUCCAUUGGAUAGCAGUUGAACCAUUUUAUAAGAAUAAUCUGAGAUUUGAGUCUGACAAGCAUAUUACUAAGAUUAACUGUCCUAUUAUAAUAUUACAUGCUGAAGAUGAUGGUGUAAUUCCAGUUUUUUUGGCAGAAAAGCUUUAUCAAUCAGCAGUAGAUAGUUUUGGGAAUAAUACAAAUCGUAUUGAAAUGAUAAAAAUAGAUUCAUCCUAUGGAUUUGGACAUAAAUAUAUCUGUAGGUGGAAGGAAUUGCCUAAUAUAAUUAAGACAUUUGUCGUCAAAGCACAUGGAAAUUGGACUGAAUAAUUCUUGUCUAGAUUAGAAAAUUAAAACUAUAAAUUAUUUCGUAAUUCGUAUUAUGAUGCAAUGUAAGUUAUGUUAUAAAAUUUGUAGUCAGAAAUUAUUUUUAUUUACAUAGGAAAAAUAUUACGUUUGUAGGAUUAGAAUUUUACUUGAAAAGAUCAAAUAUUUCAAAAAGACACUUUCUAAAUACUAUGAAUUUUUUUGGCCAUAGAAACCUCUUGUAAUAAAAAUUCUAUUACAUUAAAUAUCAAUUUUUUAAAUAUUUAUAAAAAAUUGAUGUUUAAUGUUAUGGUGUUAUAUAAUUACGUACAAUAUGAAAAAAAAACUGUGAUGUGUCAAACGCUUAAAUUGUGCACUCAGUUUAUGUGUAUAAUGUUUAAGCUUAUUAUAUAAAUGUAAAAUUUAUUUAAAUAUUAUAUAAGCUUUUCAAAUGUGGUAUUAUAUGAUAUAUAUAAUACACAUUUACGUCUCAUAUACACAUUCUCUUAUUUCAUAAAGAAAUAUACUCGAAGAUAUUGUAAAAAUUGUCUGUUAAAUAAAUAGAAAUGCAUUGAUGGAGCGGA